AUGUCGGGCAACAAGUUCACAGGUAAAAUUCCCACUGAGAUUGGAAUGCUUCAAAAGCUAAACACAUUCGACUUGUCAGCUAAUAAUUUUUCUGGAGGCAUGCCCUCCUCUCUCGGAAAUUUAAGUAUGUUAAACAUCUUGGGUUUGGAAAGCAAUAAUCUUAAUGGCAGCAUCCCUUCAAGUCUUGGGAAAUGUCAAAAUUUGUUAAUACUUGAUCUUUCUAACAACAAUCUCAAUGGUACCAUACCCUCAGAAGUUGUCAGUCUCUCUUCCUUAUCAGCCGUUCUCGAUUUGUCUCAAAACUGUUUCACUGGUUCACUUCCCAUGGAAGUAGGAAAUUUGAAAAAUUUAGGUGGAUUGUAUGUUUCUGAUAACAUGCUGUCCAGUGAAAUUCCUAGCACCAUUGGUAGCUGUGUGAAAUUAGAGAAAUUAUCUAUGGCGGGUAACUUCUUCCAAGGGAGCAUUCCAUCAUCUUUGAGUGCUCUGAGAGGUAUUCAAGUUUUAGAUUUUUCUCACAACAAUUUUUCAGGAAAAAUUCCAGAAUACCUUGUGGGCUUUGAAUUUUUACAAAAUUUUAAUCUAUCUUACAAUGAUCUUGAGGGUGUGGUACCAAUAAAUGGUCUCUUAGCAAAUGCAACUGCAGUUUCAGUCACUGGAAACAAUAAGCUUUGUGGAGGUAUACUUGAAUUACAGCUGCCUCCAUGUAACUUCUGUAACAGGUUAAAAGGAUCCAAAAAGAGGGGAUUAACACUUGCAUUGAAAUUAAUAAUUCUCAUAGCAUCAGGGCUUCUUGGAUUAAUAGUACUGUUGUGCAUUCUAUUUAUUUACUGGCGUAAAAAGAAGAGAGAAAAACCUUCUUUAGGAAAUUCAGGAAGCUUUUUUUUGAAAGUAUCCUACCAAAGUCUACUGACAGCUACAAAUGGCUUCAGCAACUCCAAUUUGAUAGGGGUGGGUAGUUUUGGGUCUGUAUAUGGACUUCUUGAUAAGGAAUGGGAAAAGGUUGCAGUGAAGGUACUUAAUCUUUUGCGGCCAGGAGCUUCCAAGCUUUUCAUCAUCGAGUGUGAGGCAUUGAGGAACGUCAAGCAUCGGAAUCUUGUCAAGGUAAUCACUGCAUGUUCAAGUGCUGAUCACCAAAAUAAUGACUUCAAGGCUCUGAUUUGUGAGUUCAUGGUCCAUGGGAGCCUAGAUGAUUGGUUGCAUCCAAUUCAAGGAGAACUUGAGGCGUAUGAGGAACCAAAAAAUUUAAGUCUUGUUCAGAGAUUGAUUAUUGCCAUUGAUGUUGCUUGUGCACUAGAUUAUCUCCACCAUCAUUGCCAAACUACGAUAAUUCACUGUGAUCUGAAGCCAAGCAAUGUUCUUUUGGAUGAUGACAUGACUGCACAUGUAGGUGACUUUGGGAUAUCAAGAUUUCUUUUUGAUGCUAACGAUAACGAUAUUGGAAAUCAAACCAAUUCUGUUGGAAUCAGAGGAUCCGUUGGUUAUAUGCCACCAGAGUAUGGUAUGAGAAGUGAGGUGUCAACAUCCGGUGAUGUAUACCGCUAUGGCAUUCUCUUGCUGGAGAUGUUUACUGGAAAAAGGCUGACUGAUGUGAUCUUUGCCAAGACAGCUUUGCCGGACAAAGUAAUUAGAAUUGCAGAUUCAGUACUUCUUCAGCUAGGAGAAGAGGGGGAGGCAAGCACAAGCACCAACAACACUCUCAAUCAAAGCCAUGUUAGCAGUUACAAGAUUCAGGAGUGCUUGACUUUGAUAUUUAGAAUCAGAAUUGCAUGUUCUGAAGAGUCACCAAUUGAACGAUUGGUUAUUAGUGAUGUUGUAGCCAAGUUGCAUGUCAUCAGGAACAAUCUUCUUGGAACUGGUGGAACACAUGUUGGAAGAACUAGUUGA